UGGAAGCUCUUUUCUUGUGAGGUAUUUCCCAUCACAGAAAUAUGUUUGCAUGAGCGCAGCUCAUAGGAUGGUGUCUGCAGCUCAGGUCUGGGAUCAGGACAAGUAAAGAAUCAUAUAUGGAGCACAAAUGUGUGUGCAGCCAAGGCUUGCAGUGCACCAGUCUGCAGGAUAAACAGUUGGCUUCAGCCCAUGGGGAUCUGGCAGCACAGAGUUCAUGCUGAAAUGUAGAAAUAACUGAUGACAAGGGCAGGCUGCCACUUUUCUCUAUUCAUUUUAUCUCUUAAUGAGACUCACCCAGUCCUGCUACUGGGGACUGCCAGCAGGGAGGCCCUGCACAAAGCCCUCAAUUAUAUUCCACCUGCGUGCCUCCAGCUGGCUCACAAGGUGAACAGGAAGAGUGCUUCUCUACCACUGACAGUAUCCCUCUGCACCCCUGGCUGUCCCCCCUCCUUCCUCCUCUCCCCUGGCUGCAGCUCUAAGGUUUCACCCUCCUUGCAGGUCCGAGCUGAGGAGCAUCUGGCUGGAACUCCUUUGGCCACAAGGCGCAUUCACGUUUUGCAGGUGUGUGCUUAGAUUUCCUGAGCACGUUCGGAGCUCAAGAUCAUGCCCAGUCUGUGCAUCAGCAGGACGCAGAGCUGCAGGAGCAAGGUCGUCAUCUGAAGUGGAGGAUGGAGGGUGGGAACAGCCCCAGCGACGCUGUCUCUGCAGGCAGGAGGCUUGCAGCACGAUUCACAAACCCCCCCAGGACAUUCUGGAUCAUCUUGUCCAUCGCAUUGCUUUUUGCAGCUGUUGGCAUCAGCAUUGGGGGGAUUCUUGGCUUCUCCCACGGCUCUGCCCAGGCUGGACCACAGCUCAGCCGGAUCACACUGCAUGGAGAGCAGGACGUGCCAAGGAACCAAACAGCCACAGUUGACGUGUCCAGGAGCACUGUCACCUAUUACAUCACCUCACAGAGUAACCGCAGUGCCAUUGUGCUGUACGACAGCCAGCAUGGCUAUGUGUGCUACAGACUUGCAGAGCAGCAUGCCUGCUACCUGCGCACAAUGGACCCUGAGGACCGUGAAACCGCACAGGUGAUGCUGAGUGCAGCUGAGCAGAGGGGUGACACAUUGCUACUCCGGAAUAACCAGACCAAGUACUACAGGGAGUUCUUGGGCAUUGUGGCAGGGGAACAAGUGGACCCCAAUGGCCUGGGUGAGGCCAUCCAAGCCCUCUGUGAGCAGAAGUACAUCUUCUGGGUCCAGAGAGCAGAUGGUCCAGGGAAGCAGCGGUUGAUCUACCUUUGCAUUGACAUAUGUUUUCCAAGCAAUAUUUGUGUGUCUAUCUGCUUCUAUUACCUUCCUGAUUAAGUCCUGCAGCCACAGAUGCCCUCUCACUGCUCUACAUACUUGAACUGUAUUCCUGACAAGCCUCUGAUUUCAGCAAGGAAAGUAACAUCUACAACACUGCCUAAAGCCUUCCUACUGACUUCAUGCUGCAGUUCAGGACAAUUUAGGUAACAUAACUCUGCUCAGUGCUGUUGGUACAGACACUUUAUUUGCAGCUGCAGUCCAGGGCUGCAUCUUGUACGUAGGCAGUAGAUGUAGACAGAGGAACCACACGGAGUAGCUUGUGUUUUGUGGCCACGUGCCCUGUUCAAUACUGGGCUGUUAUACUUGCUGGGGGUGGUGGUUUAAGAGAGCAGAUCUCCAAGAAAGUCUGUGAAAUACAUAUUUGAAUAAAGGGACUGCAAAACAAGAAAGCAGCUGCCUUUCCUCUUUCUGUUCAGCCCAUUCCAUCAUUUAGAAAGGUUGAUUUUUUCCACUUUGGGAAAAGAAAAAAAAAAUA